AUGGGCACAUCUAUGGCGGCGGCCCUCGCGGCCUCCCUCCCGGUCACUCAGUCCGCGCCGGCUCCUGUCGCGCCCCAAUAUGAGGAAAUCCCGGCGUCGAUGACUUCGCUCAUCGAUGUUGAGGCGGCGAUCCCCGUGGAGAUUAUCCAGCUCGAUGCUUUGGUUGUGUCGAAGAUAAUCCAACACGCCUCCACCUCUCAGCACACCAACAUCCACGGUCUCUUGCUCGGUCUUGAUCUGGACGGUAGCUUGGAGGUCUCCAACUCAUUCCCUCUACCCCAUAAUGCCGGCGAUGACGACGAUAAAUCCACAAAAAGCACAGCACGCUACCAGGCAUCCAUGCUUCGCUCCCUGAAGGAGGUCCGGUUAGACGACAGCAUCGUCGGUUUCUACCAGGCAACAUCCAUGGGCGCGUUCUACAACCAGUCUCUUGUUGACAUCCAGUCGAAUUAUCAGGACAAGUUGAGGCACGGCGGUGUCGUUCUCGUACACGACAUAGCCCAAACGCGUCGCGGUAGCGCUUCGUUCCGCGCCUUCCGCCUGUCCAAGGAGUUCUUGAACGCUCGCAAGCGCACUGGUUUCGGCACUCAAAGCCUCAUUCACAACAGGCUGACUUUCUCGACCAUCUUGGAGGAGAUCCCGGUAUCGACACGUGCGAAUGCGCUCGUUGGUGCCUUCAUGGACGUGCUCGCGCGACCUGAACCCUCGCCAAUCCACGACGCGACACCAGAAAAGGCUUUCUCCAACUCCCUUCCCCUUAACUUCUCGAACCUCGACGUCGGCAGCGCCAAAGUCUCUAAGAACCUCGAGAGACUCGUCGAGGCUCUCGACGCGUACAAGACGGAGGAGAGCAAUCUCGCCUACCACUCUCGCCAGAUCGCCCGUGAGAAAGCCAAGGCGGAGGCAUACAUAACCAAACGCAAGGAUGAGAACGCCGCGCGCACCGCACAAGGUCUCCCGCCUUUGCCUGACGAGGACGUUCGCCGGUUGUUUAAGAUCCCACCCGAACCUUCGCGUCUGGAGAGCAUGCUCCUUCUUGGCCAGGUUGACGCAUACUCCAAAACGCUCGAGGGUAUCUCUGGUGCCGGUCUCAUCAAAAUGUACGGAGCCAAGGCCGGCGCUGGCGUGGCAGAGGUCUGA